AUGGAGGCAACGUUUGAAUUUGAAUAUGCAAUCGAGUAUGUAUUUGAAGAUUUUAUUUAUACAAUUAGAGAAAAUGAACAAGUUCACGGCAUGUUAGAAGAAGAUGAUUUGGACCGCAAAAUUCGAAAUUUAAAACAUCAUUAUAAAACUAUAAAAGAUAACAAUAAAAAAACAAAAACAGGACAAGGGCGAAUUGUAUGGGAAUAUUACCAAAUGUUCGAGGAAAUAUUUGUUGAUGAUAGAACUAUUAAUCAUGGGGUAAUAUUAUCGUCACUUCCCCCUGCAUCGUCAAUUCCGCCUGUCACUGCAUUACCUUUUCCUCCUGUCAGUACAUUACCUUUUCCUCCUGUCACUGCAUUGUCAUUUCCUCCUUCCACUGCCUCAUCUUCAUCAAAUAUGCAAGUGGAUAAUUAUGUGUCAGUAACAGAAGAAUAUGGACUGUCAACAUCAAUCCAGCAGUCUACACCGACAGUUAAUGUGACCACUAGCACUCCUAUGAGUAAAAGCAAGAAAAAGGUUGAAAAGGCUCGUGAGGGAAGAGGGCUGUAUCGAUUCCGAAACACCCACUUGGAGUUAGAAGCUCGACGAGUAGCUGCUCUUGAAAAUUUAGUCAAAGAGUUAGCAGAAAACAACAGGAUUCAGCAAGAGAGGAAUGUUAUUUUAAAAAAUCAAAAUAGAAUUUAACUCUGUUUUAAUAAAAAACAAACGGCCCUUUUCAGGGCCACAAAUUAUUUUUCGAUUGAAUUUGUUACAAUAUAUGUAUAAAUAUCUGACAACACAUUACUUUUCAGUGC